AUGCCCUGGCGGCCUCUGCCUCGCAUUGCUUUUGCUGUGGCCAUCUAUCCCUUCCAGCCCUCCACCCCGGCAGACCUACCCCUCGAGCUUGGUGAUGAGUUGUACAUAAUUGAGCAAGGAGGCGCCGAUGGAGAAUGGUGUCGCGGAUAUCUGGUCGCUCCGCCCUCGCUACUGGCAGGGUUGACCAGCAUCAAAGGACAGACACUAGAGGCGAGGGUCUUUUCGGGAAUUUUCCCGCGAAAUUGCGUCGAGAUUCGCGAGGUCCUGGGCGACGGAGAGCGGACAAUUACCAUUGGAGACCGGUCGAGCUUGGUCUUGACACCUGGUACCGAGGGGGAUGUGAGAGAUAGUAUCACCUCCUACCACGACGAUGAGGGCCCGCUCGGGGAGGUGUCCGAUGUAGUGAUUGCGAAGAAAGGAAAGCCGUCGCAAAUCUUCAUCCACAAGCUCGAUGAAGACGACCAAUCGAGUCCACGCUCACUUGUGAGCCACACCCUGGGAGCCGUCUCGCUACCUUCUACACCCAUUAUUGUCGCUCCGCGCGACCCGAACGCACCGAAACCGGCCGCGCCCGUCCCGAUGCUCAAGAUCGGUGAUGAAACCCCGACAUCACUUUCGGAGCCGCUCGUCGAUGAGAUCGCAUCCUGCCUCCGCGAAUGGCAUUCCACCAAUUUACACCAAUUGCUACUCUCCCGCCAAUACGGCAUCGUCGAGGAGAUGUCGAAGAUCGUACAAGAACUGGACCUCGCAAGGCGGCAGCUCCAGUACAAUGUGCUUACUGCCAAGGAGAAAGUCCAAUUGCGACAAGAGGUGGUCUGGAAGCUGGUACAGGGAAAUAAAACGCUGGGCGGAGAAGUCAUUGUUAGGGACCCUCUACAGAGGGGUCGUCUUCUCACAGGCGAGGACUCUGCCAUUCAAUUGACCAAGCUGCAGUCCGAGAUGAGUAUGCUUGAAAGUACUCCCGUGCAACAGGCAGAUGCAGCCUCUCUGCAUCAUUUUCUUUUAGAGGUGAAUGCGGUAUCUGGGCAUGCGCCGGGCCCUGUAACAUUAGCACUUUACUUGUGUUCACAGUCGGAGACUGGUGCUUUGACGCCAUUGUCAGAGACUUACCUCUUGGAUAUUCCUUCUCCUGACAAAUUCGCCAACAUGGGUCAGAGCAACAAACUAAAGACGCUUUUCACCGACUUGAGCAACACGGAUUUCGGCGAUGAGACUUCGAACGGCCCAAAGCUGUACCUGAUCGCCGCCGUUCGGGCAUCGGAAACCACCUCUGUGGCUAGCGCCGCAGCUCAAUCGAGAUCAUCGCUCUCGCGCGAUGGCUCCACGAUCAGUCGAACGCCGACUGUGGCCAAUCACUCGGCGAAGGCAAGUCUGAAAACCCGUCGCAGUAUGAUGUGGACAUCCAAGCGCGGCGCGACAAGCACUGAAGCGAUCAAAGAAGCCAGCAAAGGACCGCCUCGUUCGUCAGAGAGUGUCUCCAGCAACAAAGAACGGCCUAGCGGUAGUCAAUCUACGAAGGACUCGACCCAUAUCCGGACAUUAGGAAUUGGCUUUUUGGAGGUCUCCCAGAUCCUUCGCCAAGAAAAAGAUACGGAGGAAGUCAUCAACAUCUGGUCUCCGUCGGAUGAUAACGAUGAGAAAGAAGGACGCGCCGACGGCUUUGACGGCGUGGUCCGCACUCUUCUCCCAAGUUCCAGUGGCAAAUAUGUUCGAUCCCAGCCGGCUGCUCGGCUGCAUCUUCAUCUCUAUCCACACACCAAUCCCGACGCAGAUGCCUUGGUCCGGAAGAACCCCACGACUAUGCUCAAUGUCACUCAAACCAGACGAAUCGGGUUUUCCCAAGCCCCAACAAAACCCAGAUCCGAUAUCUACGUUACGAUCUCGCAUGCCACAUUCCCUGCCGAUGCGCUUCUCUCCCAUCCCCAGUCAGGUCAAGUUCCUGUACCGACGCUUACUGGACUUCGGAACCUGCAACUAACUCUUGAGGUCCGGACCUCGUCAGGAGCACGUGUUGACCGCUGUGUUUUCCCUGCAUCUAACCAGGCUUCCCAGACCGCAUGGCGAACCACGGUGGCUGAACGAGGAGCACCGUGGAACCAAACCAUUCGUCUGAACAUUCCAACGGACGAGAUUCCAGGAUCGCAUUUGAUAAUGAGUAUCGCAGAUGCUCCAGAGUUCCCGUUUGCUCUUGCUUGGAUGCCUUUAUGGGACAACAAAGCCUUCAUGAGAGAUGGCCCGCAUUCGCUUUUGCUGCAUGCUUAUGAUAAGUGCACCUCUAGCAUCGAGAACGGAAAGGGCGCCUAUCUGUCUCUUCCAUGGAGCUCACUCGGUAAGAAUGAGUCAGCAAAAGACGAAGCCAUCACAGGACCCUUGGCUACAUUGCGCCUGGAGACGCACCUAUGCAGCACUGAAUACUCCCAAGAUCAAGUGAUACUGAGCCUUCUGAACUGGAAAGAGCGACCUGUCGAUGAAGUCCUCGACACUCUCAAGCGGGUGCUUUUCGUCCCAGAAAUCGAAAUUGUAAAGCAACUUAGCAGUGUCUUGGAUUCGUUGUUCGGGAUAUUGGUCGAGAAUGCUGGAAACGAGGAGUAUGAGGAUCUGAUCUUCAACAACCUGGUGACGGUCUUAGGAAUUGUGCAUGACCGACGUUUCAACCUUGGUCCGCUUGUUGAUCACUACGCUGAGAACCAGUUUAAUUUCCCUUUCGCUACGCCAUGUCUGGUCAGAAGCUAUCUCCGUCUUCUCCAGGCUAACUCUGAUCCCCAACAGUCGCGCAGUCUUCGCGCCACUUUCAAAGUCGGCCGGCAUGUUCUGAAGUUUAUCAUCAAUGCUCGACAACAGCAGAAGGCCAAGGAAGAAGGCAUUGGCAUUACCCGGGUUCAGUCAACCUUCAAUCGCGACCUGCAUACUAUCUUCAAAUUGCUCGAAGCUCUCAUGAAGGACACAUCGCCCGCGACGGUGGGCAGUAAGACGCUUGUGGUCCAGCAUUUUCACACGUGGCUGCCUGAACUCUCCAAAGUCCUCGGACGAGAUGAGAUGAUCAUGAUUGCGCUCAGCUUCAUGGAUGCCUGUAAAGACGUCAAGGGUAUGCUGAUCCUUUAUAAGCUCGUCCUCAUUCAACACUAUACCCGUCUUGAGGUUUUUAGCUCCGGCUCGGAGAGACGGAGCCUGGUUUCCAGCUGCAUCAGCUGGUUGGCCCCGUACUGGGGCGCGACAGGCGCCGUGUCUGACCUGUAUCGCGACCAAGUUCGCCUGUGUUGCGCGGUGGUAGCGGAGUUGCUGAAGCAACCAGAUUCCCUUAUUUACGAGUUUAUGCCAAAGAUCGUUUCAUCCUACUAUUCUAUCAUACCCGAUGGGGUGGAAGAAACAACCUACCUCUCCUUGCUUUUCAGCAAGACGUUCCCGUUCCAAGUUAAAUCCUCGAAGCACUCGCAGCGGUUCGAUGAGGCAUUGGUCGAGCUAUCUGCAAUCAUGGCCGCUACAGCAGCCGUACCCAGCCCCAAACGGCCUCGUUUGAAGGGCUUGGAGCUAUCCACCUUCCUCUCCCAGGCGUUCGAGGUUCACACUUCAAUACUGAACUGUGAGGCUUACCCCGAAAGCUGGCUCAGCGUUCAUGUUUACAACCACCGUGCGACGGUCAAAAGUCUCGAGUUUCUCGCAACAAUUCUUAUAAAGAAAUUCCUCCCAGCUCCGGAAGAAGCCGAAACUUUCGACACAAGGCUCUGGGAGAAUUUCUUCAUGACUCUGCUCAAAGUGGUCUCAAGCGAGGCGCUUGCUCUCGAGACGUUCCCGGAACAAAAGCGGCGCGCCAUCUGGAAGAUUGCUGGCGAUGUCCGAGAACAGGGCGCGGAUCUACUGCAUUCCAGCUGGGAAGCUAUUGGCUGGGACACCACUGACGAGGAGAGCGAGCGCUACGGGCUGAGUAAACUGGGCGGCUACCAAGUGCAGUAUGUGCCCGGGUUGGUGGCACCUAUUAUCGAACUUUGUCUCAGCGUCCACGAGGGACUGCGACAUGUCGCUGUCGAGAUCUUGCGAACGAUGAUCCUGAGCGAAUGGGGACUCAAUCAGGAUCUGUCCAUCAUCGAGACGGAAGUUAUUUCGAGCCUCGAUAACCUAUUCAAACGAAAGAAUAUGAGUGAGAGCGUGGUGCAGAAGUUGUUUAUCCAAGAGUUGAUGGACCACUUCGAGGGCUACUCCGAGUUCGAUGAGGACCUAUCCGAGGCAGUCGGUGCUUUGAUUGCCACGGUGGAUGAGCUUUUAGAUCUUUUUGUGGCAUCACAGGGUGGAUCCAUGGCUGAAAGCCUGCAUACUCUUCGAUUGAUGAAGUACAUGAAAGACAUGGGCCGGGAAGAUAUCUUCAUACGUUACGUGCACGAGCUUGCUCAAGUUCAAGCUGCUGCGGGCAAUCUUACCGAAGCUGGCCUGGCGCUGCAAUUCCAUGCUGAUCUAUAUGAGUGGGAUCCGAGACGGACGCUACCGGAGCUGCUCAAUCCUGCAUUCCCUGAGCAAACCCCAUUCGAAAGAAAGGAGUCACUGUAUUUCUCUAUCAUUCAGUACUUUGAGGAUGCCAAAGCCUGGUCGCAUGCGCUCGUCUGUUACAAGGAGCUCACGCAACAGUACGAAGACACCAUUAUGGACUUCGCUAAACUUUCGAGGGCACAGAGUUCCAUGGCCAAGAUUUACGACCAUAUCGCGAAGGAAGAUAAACAGAUCCCGCGCUACUUCCGGGUGAUAUACAAGGGUCUUGGCUUCCCGCCCACUCUGCGUGACAAGGAGUUCAUUGUCGAAGGUGCUCCAAACGAAAGAAUGGCGGCCUUCGUGGACCGCAUGCAAAGGGAGCAUCCGGCGGCGCAGAUCAUGUCUUCGGGUGAGAUUCAAGACUAUGAGGGUCAAUUUCUGCAGAUCAGCUCUGUCAGCAUUUAUCGUGAAGUGGACCAUCCAGUUUAUCAACGGUCCAAGAUACCGCAGUCAGUCAGAGAUCAUCUGCUGGUUUCCGAGCCUUGCCAGUUUACAACGACGCUGAGGAGACAUGUGCGCGACGCGGACGUGACGCAACAGUGGGUGGAGAAGAUUAUCUUCACCACCGCAGAACCUUUUCCCAACAUUCUGCGCCGCAGUGAAGUGGUGGAGGUGAAAGAAGUUGCCUUGUCGCCCCUGCAGAGCGCUCUUGAGCGGACCUGGCGCAAGACUCAAGAGCUGACCUUGCUGCAGAGACGGGCCGCAUCUGGUGAGGACACCAGCCUGAACAAUCUGACCGAAGCAGUGCAGCAAUUGUUGGAUCUGCAUGCUUCCACUCCGAAUUGUGUUGCGUCCUACCGGCAGUUCUUGUCAGAUGUGCCGGACGAGGACGAGGGUGGGUUGGUGACCCCCAAGCCAGCGGAUCCGAUGAAGAACGCACUCGCAGUAGCUCUCAUCGACCAUGCUUUGGCCAUCAAGCACGCUCUGGCACUAUACCACCGCCCGGCCCAUCAAGCCACGCAAGCGGAGUUGAUGCGUCGGUUUGAGGAGGCUUUUGCGCCGGAGAUUGCCUCGCUCCGUCCCGCCGAGCCCGCAACGCCUCCAAGGUCACCCCGGAAAUCUCCUAAAUCGGUGGAAGGGCGCCAGAAGCAGUCUCCCUCGCGAGCCUUAAGCCCGGAGCAGGAGCUGAUCCGCUCUUCGCGGAAGACUCAUGGUCGUAAGCACUCGACGAAGCAAUCGGUCAGCCAUCGGAUCAGCGUGAUGAACCCUUUCAAACGCACCAACCAUGCCGCAAGCAAUUCAGUGACUACAGUGCAGGAUGAGCCUAGGAAGCAGAGUACCGCCAACGCAAACCAGCCAGGGGAGCAAGGCCAGGGAGAGUCGACUGAUCACGAUGAUGCAGCCACGAUUCACAGUCGCACUACAGUUCAGUCGCGUGAUACUCAGACUAAGCGGCGAAGUCUCUUUGGCGAUGUUUUACACAAGCACGGAUCUUCCUUGUCGAUCAGCAGCAACGCCCUCGAGGAGACCCAAAGCCAGAAGGAACAACGGUCCAGAAGUGCUUCUCGGGAUACGGUUGCCGUCUCACAUGAUUCCGUCAGCCGCACUACUUCCCGUACCAACGGGGCUGCCGAAGGGCGUCCGUCAGUGAGCAGUCCGAAAAGUGGGGGCUGGUCGACUAUCCCUUCCAUCAGCGACUACCCCCGGCCAGUCACGCGAAGCAGCAUGGCCUCCGUCCGCAGCCCGGAGAUCGCCAGCCCGACAGGCCACAGUAACGGACACAGCACUAGCCAUGGGAAGCGCGAUUCAAUGAUGAAGCGAUUCAGUCUGCUCAAGGGCGUCAGUCGAAAGGGCAGCCGCCAUGACUUCAAGACGGAAACUCCUCUGCGGGAGGAGUGAUUUCUCUUUUUCAUCUACUUUCAAUUCUUCCUAAUGUCUGGACAUUAAACCUUUUUAACUUACAUUGUUACCGUCUUGUUAUUCGGACCAGCGUUGGCUCAGCCUUGUCUUGCAUUGCAGCGAUGCUUUGAUUUCACUUCACUUCACUUCUCUUCUCUUCUUACCCAUUCGUCCACCGAUCCAGGCACGAUCUUUUUUACUAUACUUUAUUACCGAGAUACCUACUUCUCUUUCUCUCACUCUUCUCUUCUAUUGGAUCUCAUUUGUGACUAGAAUAUUUGUAAGAUACUUUACUAUCUGUCCAGACCUUGCUUUCAAUUAUACCCCGGAGAAGGCGGUGGGAUUACGGAGUGAGACUGAUAAGGUGUAUGCUAUUGGUAUUCGGAUUAUCAAAGAAUGUUGCAC